GCUAUUACGGUAAUUUCCAUUCUCAUUCUCCCCGAUCCUCAAGCAUAGUUUCGAGAACCACCACUCCCUGUCGUCGUCCACAAGAAUAGCAAGAGUCUCCCCGUGUUCUGCAAACAUAUCCUAGGUUUUAUUUUUCUAAGAGAAAUGGGCGGUGGCUCGUCGGAGACGAAGAUCUUGCAAGAACUCAUACUUUACGCUGCGAGCGCUGCUUUCAGUUGCUUGGUUCUGUUUGCCGGGCUCCGACACCUCGACCCUAAUCGUGAGGCGUCCAAGAAAGCUCUCGAGCAUAAGAAAGAGAUCUCCAAGCGUCUAGGUCGUCCUCUUAUUCACACCACUCCAUACGAGGAUGUGAUAGCAUGUGAUGUGAUAAACCCAGACCACAUUGAUGUGGAGUUUGGUUCUAUUGGAGGUUUGGAGGCUAUCAAGGAGGCUUUGUACGAGCUUGUGAUUUUGCCGUUGAAACGGCCUGAGCUUUUUGCGUAUGGGAAGCUGCUUGGACCUCAAAAGGGAGUCUUGCUCUAUGGGCCUCCUGGUACUGGGAAGACUAUGCUUGCUAAGGCUAUUGCUAAAGAGUCUGGAGCUGUUUUCAUUAACGUUAGGGUUUCUAAUCUGAUGAGCAAAUGGUUUGGUGAUGCUCAGAAGCUUGUUUCUGCUGUAUUUAGCUUGGCGUACAAACUCCAACCUGCUAUCAUUUUUAUCGAUGAGGUUGACAGCUUUCUUGGUCAGCGCCGUUCAACUGAUCAUGAAGCAAUGGCAAACAUGAAGACUGAGUUUAUGGCUUUAUGGGAUGGGUUUUCCACUGAUCCGAAUGCGAAGGUAAUGGUACUUGCUGCAACGAACAGACCAUCAGAGCUCGAUGAAGCAAUAUUGAGGCGUCUUCCUCAAGCCUUUGAGAUUGGAAUGCCUGAUCGUAAGGAGAGAGCUGAGAUAUUGAAAGUGACAUUAAAAGGAGAGAGGGUGGAACCGGAUAUUGACUAUGACCACGUAGCUCGUUUAUGCGAAGGCUACACAGGAUCAGACAUAUUUGAGCUAUGCAAGAAAGCAGCUUACUUCCCUGUCAGAGAAAUCCUAGAGGAAGAGAGAAAAGGGAGACCAUGUCCUGCUCCUAGGCCAUUGUCGCAGUUGGAUUUGGAGAAAGUUCUUGCUACGUCGAAGAAGACUCAAGUUGCAGCAGGGGAGUACUGUGGGUUGAGAGGAUCAAGGGAGCCAGAUGAGGUGGAAGCAGCUAUAAGUGGAAUCUCGAAGCUACUGGUCUCUCAGUUCAUUAACCUUCAGGCAGGUUCUCAGGACUCACGGCACGGGGAUCAUGAAGAAGAUAGCUGAUGAAAAUCCGGAUCAUAUUUUUCAUAAACGUUCUGGUUUCAAGUGGGAAAGUUUAAUAUUUUACCAUAAUAUAACUCUGUUUUGUAAUAAUUUUGUUAUAGGAUGAUUUACUUUUGCUUUUGGCAUUUUACUAAGAGGCUUUCAUC